AUGCUCCCGGACAUUGAGGAACUGACCCCGGAAUGUAACAUUGACGAAGCUAAUGUCGUAGUUCCGGGUGUCACAACUCCAGAGAUGAAAGCCAAGAUGAGAGGAAUCCUGAAACGCCACCGCAGCAUCUUCCUGGGAGACGGCAACGCGGCUCCAGUCCUGGCUAGGGGCGUGGUGUGUGAUAUCGACAUUGGUGAAGCAAAACCAGUGGCUUUACGUGCGAGGCAGAUUUCCGCACCUUUCUUGGUGAAGGUGUUCGAACUCCUGUUGAAGUUGCUGGAGGCGGAACUCAUUGAGCAUUCAGAGUCCGAGUGGUCAUCAUCUAUUGUGAUUGUGCUGAAGAAAACGGCAUAG